AAAAUAGUGUUUUGAACAAAAAAUUGGUUUGUAGCUAAUGAGCCAAAGUUGUUUAUGACACUCAUAACUCCCCCCUCCCCCUGUCCCUCAUGCUCUCUCUCCUAUUUAAUCCUCCCAAGAGUACACUAACGCUUAACACCUUCACCCUCAUUGACAACCAGCAAGUGAGACAUUUUUUUUUUCUCUUUUCUCUUAAGCCAUAUACCACUUUGGUCAUACUCAUAAUCCUUUUUCUUCAUUUUCACUAAGUCCACCAACACCAAGUCAUGGCUCAAAGACAGAUCUUUGCUCAUGUGGUGAUUUUGUUGCUUAUGGUCUUAGUUGGAGCCAGGUUUGCUAAAGCAGAAGGAGGAGGAGAAGCUGCUGAUAGGAUUUUGGAACUCCCUGGUCAGCCAAAAGUGUCAUUUCAGCAGUUUUCUGGCUAUGUUACUGUUAACAAGGUUGCUGGUAGAGCUCUCUUUUACUGGCUCACUGAAGCUGCCCAAAAUUCUCUCACCAAACCUUUGGUCAUUUGGCUCAAUGGAGGUCCAGGAUGUUCAUCAGUGGCAUAUGGAGCAUCUGAAGAGAUUGGCCCAUUUAGAAUAAACAAAACAGCUUCUGGGCUAUACAUUAACAAGUUUUCGUGGAACACAGUGGCCAACCUAUUGUUCUUGGAAGCUCCGGCCGGCGUAGGCUUCUCCUACGCCAACCGCUCCUCUGACCUCCUCAACACCGGUGACCGCCGCACCGCUCAAGAUUCUCUGGAAUUUGUUAUACAAUGGCUAGAACGAUUCCCUCGUUACAAAAACCGGGAACUUUAUAUCACUGGAGAGAGCUAUGCAGGCCAUUAUGUUCCUCAAUUAGCCAAGGAAAUCUUGACCUACAACGCAAAAACCAAGCACCCCAUCAAUCUCAAAGGAAUCAUGGUAGGAAAUGCAGUGACAGACAACUACUAUGAUAACUUGGGCACAGUGACGUAUUGGUGGAGCCAUGCUAUGAUCUCCGACCAGACUUACCGGCAACUAAUGAGUACAUGUGAUUUUCACAGGCAGAAGGAAUCUGAUGAGUGUGAGUCUGUGUAUAGCUAUGCCAUGGAUCAAGAGUUUGGUAAUAUUGAUCAGUACAACAUCUAUGCUCCUCCAUGCAACAACUCUGAUGGUAGUAGUAGCUCUGCCACCCGCCGCACCAUGCGUUUACCUCACCGACCCCAUGUGGAUUUUAGGCAUUGGUCUGGUUAUGAUCCAUGUACGGAAAAGUAUGCAGAGAUUUACUACAACAGGCCUGAUGUUCAGAAAGCACUUCAUGCCAACAAAACCGGUAUUCCUUAUAGGUGGACUGCUUGCAGCGAGGUUUUGAAUCGGAACUGGAAUGAUACUGAUGUAUCUGUUCUUCCAAUUUAUAGAGAAUUGAUAGCUCACGGAAUAAGAGUUUGGGUGUUCAGUGGGGACGUGGACUCAGUGGUGCCUGUCACAGCAACAAGAUAUGCCCUUGCCCAGCUUAAGUUGUCAACUAAAAUACCAUGGUAUCCUUGGUAUGUCAAAAAUCAGGUUGGAGGGUGGACAGAGGUGUACGAAGGGGUAACAUUCGCGACAGUGAGAGGAGCAGGGCAUGAAGUGCCACUAUUCAAGCCAAGAGCAGCACUUCAGUUAUUCAAAUCAUUCCUUGAAGGAAAGCCUCUUCCAAAGUCCUAGAAAAGCAAAAUUCAGAUUGUGUUAAGAAAAAGGAUGGGAAAAAAAAAGAAUGACAAAGGAAAUUAAAAAAGACGGAAACAAGUGUAAAAGUCUAGAGGUGCUAAUUUCUAUUGCUUUGUUUGUUAUCGUUCUGAACAAAGUUUAUGACAUUUUUCGUUGUCAACAAAUUAACAAAAGGGGUUGGUGGAAAGAGAAAGUGUCGAUUAUAAAUUCUAAAAUGUGCAUUUUUUUCU